AUGACGCGGGCGACUCAGGGUUCACAGAGAGGUGACGUUGCAGACAACUCGGGUCAAGACGUUGCAGACAACUCGGGUGAAGACGUCGCAGACGCCUCAGGUCAGGACAUUGCAGACGACUUGGGUGAAGACGUCGCAGACGCCUCGGGUCAGGACGUCGCAGAUGACUCGGGUCAGGACGUUACAGACAUCUUGGAUCUGGCUUCCUGGGGUUCACAGAGAGGCGACGUCGCAGACGCCUCGGGUCAGGACGUCGAAGACACCUCGGGUCAGGACAUCGCAGACGCCUCAGAUCUGGCUUCCUGGAGAGGUGAUGUUGCAGACGACUUGGGUCAAGACGUUGCAGACGACUCGGGUGAAGACGUCGCAGAUGCCUCGGGUCAGGACAUCGCAGAUGACUCGGGUCAGGAUGUCGCAGACGACUCGGGUGAAGACGUCGCAGAUGACUUGGGUCAGGACGUCGCAGACAACUCGGAUCUGGCUUCCUGGGACGUUGCAGACGACUCGGGUCAGGACAUUGCAGAUGACUCGGGUCAGGACGUCACAGAUGACUUGGGUCAGGACAUUGCAUAUGCCUCGGGUCUGGCUUACCGGAGAGUCAAUGUUGCAGACCACUAG